AUGGCGCCUCCUCCUACUCCCCUUGGCCAGCUGGUCGAUUUCAGGAAAGAGACUUUUAUUGUCGCGGCCUGCUCGAUCGCAUUUAAUCCUCUUUUCUGGAACGUUGUCGCAAGACAGGAAUACCACAACAAGGUUUUGACGCGCCUCUUCGGAGGCCGCAGCCAGACCGCAUGCUACUUCCUUGCUGUCAUCAUCUUCUCCCUCGGCAUCUUCCGCGACUUCUUGUACGAGCGCGCGCUGCGCGACCAGCCCUCGCAUCCGCUCCUCGACAAUGAAAUAGCAACAUACAUUGGAUACGGCCUGGUCGGGUGCGGCAACGUCCUCGUCCUAUCCUCGAUGUGGCAGCUGGGCAUCACGGGCACGUACCUGGGCGACUACUUUGGCAUCCUGAUGGAUCACAUGGUCACGGGCUUCCCGUUCAGCAUCACCGACGCGCCCAUGUACUACGGAAGCACCAUGAGCUUCCUCGGAGCCGCUCUGAUAUACGGAAAGCCGGCGGGCGUGUGGCUUACGGCUUGGGUGCUGAUAGUGUACAAGGCUGCACUUUCGUACGAGAACCCUUUUACGUCAGAGAUCUAUGCCAAGAGGGAGCGGGAGCGGGCUGCUGAGAAGACUGAGUUGAAGAAGACUCGUUAA